AUCUUGUUAGUGGCUUUAAGCUGAGUGCCACAGAGCUCUUCUCAGAGCAUCUCCCACCAGUGUCCUCAGCUGGAUCUCUCUUUCAGACUGAAGAGCUUGCUGAAGGUGACAUAAGCUGGAUCCAGUGCCUCCCAGCCUGGUGCUGUGACUGUGGACCACUCCUGCUUUACAUGCUAACUUCCCCACCUGACUGAAAAUGUCUGGCAAAACAGCUGGCACCACCAACAACAUCACCCAGGCCCGCAGGACCGUCCAGCAGCUCAGGAUAGAAGCCUCCAUAGAAAGGAUAAAGGUAUCAAAAGCAUCGGCAGACCUAAUGCUCUACUGUGAAGAACACGCCAAGAAAGACCCCUUGCUAAUGGGCAUCCCUGCUUCUGAGAACCCUUUCAAGGACAAGAAGACCUGCAUUUUGUUGUAGGAGAGCAGCAGCUCCUCACAGCCCCACCCUGGGCACAGCAAAAGUCCUUUGUAAGGUACCAGCUGGUCGGUGGGUCGAGCGGCCGCUCUUCUCCCAAGCGUAUUCACCGUGUCUUCAGCUUUCCUUCUCUCCUCUCUCUCUCCUCAGUAGGUUUCAGAGUUAAUUAACUUCUCUCUUAUCCAAGGGAAUGGGAGUCUGUGUCAGUGCCCUGUGGUGGAACCAGCAGGACAAGCUUUGGGAGCUUGGUUUCUGCUGGUUCUGGCCUCACUUUUUGCUACACAAACAAGACCAAAGGUGCCUGAGCCUCUCAAAAGGGAUGGGAACUUGAUUAAGAGGCAUUGUUUUUACAUGGUUUUAUGGCUGUGGGGAGGGGGAUUGCCUGUGUCAGUAGCCUGUGCCUACAAGCAGACACAUCUAAAAGUGCAUUAUCAGGCAAAAAAUACCUUGCAAAAUGAUGGUUGCCAACUGUUGGUGGACUCCAGGGAGCUAUGCCUGCAGCCUUCCUCUUGCUGGCUUCUCUUGCCAGAGGUCUUUGGGUUUUUUAUGCCAUCAAGCAUCACAGAUUUGCAGCUUUCUUUUAUUAGGGGGAGGUGGAAAAAGCAGAGUUUUCAGGUCUGAUUUUGCUCCUCCAGUUAAAAAAAAAAGCUGUGUGAGGGUGUAGAAACAUGUUAAAAGAAU